AUGGCUAGCGAUCACAUCUCGAAGCCCACCGAGGCCGAUGCCCUGAUCCUCGAAGCUUGGGGACAAGGUCUAAUGGUCGGAAGUCUACUCAUUAUGGCUGCUAUUACUCUUGCAAAUAUGAAGUCACAUAUUCUCCUGCAUAAGCUGAUUUUCGCCGAGCUCAUCCUGGCCAUGGCCCAUGGUACUUUCAUCUUCCCUCAUGAACCAGUCUACGGCUGGUAUCUAUCCGUCACCGCCAUCGGUCUUAACAUCUCCUGGGCCCUACACAAUGUGAUCGCCUGGAUGAAGAAUCGCCCAUUCCUAUCACGAAAAGUCUCCCUCUUCUACAUUACCACCGUGGUCCUCUGUUGGCCCUAUUGGGGUCUGGAAAUCUACGCCAAUUUCACAUACUUUAACAAUAUCAAUAAGAUUUUCUUGACGACUAGGCCAAUGGAGCCAUUAUUCCGCGACCCAUGGUGGAUCUUCACCACAGCCAGCCUAUUCUGGACCAUCAAACGCGAAUACAACUUCGGAUUAUGGGAACUAGUAGUCGUCAGCCCCCGCUUCGGAAUCAUGCUAGCAGCAAUGUGUCUCUCAAUCAUCUUCAUGAUCGUCGACACCUGCAGCGUGCUGAAUGUAUUUUCGAGCAAGCUCCCAACAGGUGUCGAGCCAUUCUGGAAACUAUCCUUCAUCUUUAAAUGUCUCUGCGACACGGUCAUUCUCGACGAUUUCAAAACCGCCCUCGAUCACUUGCGGAUACACUGGAUGCGCAAGAAGAACGGCGAGCUGUUCGUCACGCCGCUCGCCACUAAUUCGCCUCACUCCAGCCCUCAUGCCAACAGAGUACGUAGGGAUAUCGAGACUGGCGAUUCACAUCUUUCACCGUUGACACCCACGAAGGGUUCUUAUGCCCGUGCAGUACAUCUAGACAAUGUUUAG